AUGGGGCCGCCUCAGAGCGGGGACGAGGGAGCUGCCCAUCCCGCCGCCAAUGCCGGGCAAGGCGUAUGCAGCGAGGCGAGCCAGGAGCUUUACGCCGGCGAAGAAGAUGCCAGGCUGCCCUUCCAGUGCCAGGCGGCACACGACGUGGAAGUGGCGGAGGCUGCCCAGCCGGGCUCCCGCUCGUGGUGCUGCUGCUGCUCCCGCUGUCUCGAUGGCAGGGUCCCCAGGAGAUGCGGGAUGCCCGGAAUAAACUCCAAAACUCCCUGUCCAGGACUUGGCCUGUUCUAUACAGUGUUGUCUGCCUUCUUCUUCUCAGUGAUUUCUUUAUUUCUAAAGAUGAUUGAAGAUGUGCAUUCAGUAGAAGUCAGUGCCUUUAGAUGUGUUUUCCAAAUGGCAUUUGUUCUUCCAGGUAUAAUAUACUACAAGACAGGAUUUCUGGGACCAAAAGGCAAACGAGUCUUUCUUUUCUUCCGAGGAUUAAUUGGCUCUGGUGCAAUGAUUCUUCUCUACUAUGCUUUCCAAGUAAUGCCUCUUGCUGAUGCCACGGUCAUUACUUUCAGCAGCCCAGUAUUCACAUCGCUACUGGCCUGGAUAUUUCUGAAGGAGAAAUACAGUCCUUGGGAUCUUCUUUUCACCCUGUUCACAAUCACUGGAGUGGUGCUGAUUGCAAGGCCACCCUUCUUGUUUGGGUCCAACAUUGCAGGUGUUGAAGGAAGCUAUGCAGACCAUCUCAAAGGGGCAAUAGCAGCUUUGUCUAGUGCUAUGUGCACUGCUUCAGCUUUUGUGAUCCUAAGAAAGGUGGGCCUUUCUGUGCACUAUUUUUUGUCCAUCUGGUAUUAUGCAGUAAUUGGAUUAAUAGUCUCCGUAAUAGCGCUUUUUGUAAUGGAUGUAUGGACUUUACCUCAUUGUGGUAAAGACAGAGUUCUCAUAAUAUUAAUCGGUGUGUUUGGGUUGGGUGGUCAGAUAUUUCUUAUAAAAGCGUUGCAAAUAGAGAAAGCAGGUCCAGUUGCUAUAAUGAAAACUAUGGAUGUUGUAUUUGCUUUUAUCUUUCAAAUUCUUUUCCUCAAUCACUUACCCACGUGGUGGACAGUAGGGGGAGCCCUUUGUGUAGUAGCUAGUAGCUCUGGCGCUGUAAUUCGGAAAUGGAGGCAAAGUUCAAAAGAAGCUAAACAAACUGAAAUCUAACCAGUUUGGUAUUAUUCCACUGCACAAACACAACCAAAUAUUAUGAAAAUACUGCUUAUUUUAAAUAAUUUGUGUAUUUAUAUUUUUCAAAGAACCAGUGCUAUGUUCCCUGUAAAUAGAAUAGUGCAUUGUCUUUCUGGUUUUAUACAUAGAUUGGACCCAGAGAACCAUGCAGAGCAGAUACCACACACAGUCAUAUGACAAACUGGAUCUAAAAUCCAGGGAGGAUCAAAAAGAUCUUGUGAGUAGUGUAUGGGGAUCUGUUGUUCAAGUAAAAAAGUAUUUUAAAAAAAUUUUAGAUAAUGAGCCUACCUAAAGUUAUACUGAAAAGGGGAAAGGAGGACAGGAAACUAGCGAGCCUUUUGACUCUCUGUUGUAAUUAAAAUUUGACACUUAAACUGUCCUGCCAAAAAAAAAAAUCUGUGAAUUGUAAAAUAGUCUCAUCAUUGGAGAGAUCCGCAAGUCCCACUUAACUCAGUGGAAGUGGGUGGAAAAAAAAAACAUUAGUGACUUAAGUGUCAUUUUUUACUGCUAUGAUUUGAAGAGGUCCUUGAACAGUAAAUUAUUUUGGUAUUGAUGCAGGACCAAUCUGUGCACAUAGUGCUCCUGUGCCUGCUAUGACAGGUGUUGUUCCAUACCUCCCCUGCCAAUCAGAGAAUGCUCCACUGGCAUGUGUAGGGCUGAGUCCUAGCCUGUCCAUGUUUUAAUCAGUGUUCCCACUUCUAUAAAGUAAGUAUAAUCUUGGUAGCCAGGACACAAGGUGACAGUGUCAUGGCAGUUGGCCUUAAAAUAAAUUAUAUUGCUAUAGAACAAAAUAAAUGUUUGUAAUUUAAAGAGGCACUUUGUAUUGUAGAAUCAUAUGUACUUAAUAAAGCCAAUGGUAACUUUAAUAAUU